UCUGAAAAAAAAACGAACUGUUUGUAAACAAACGUUCAAGAACCUUUGAAAUCUCAUUGUUUCGCUUUUAAUUGUUUAAAAUUUUGUAUCUUGUCCUUAAAAACCUCUGUUCCCACAAAAAUGACAGUGGAUUUUCGCUUCGUUCCGAAAGAAUUCAUAUGCGAGUUUUUGGAACUGUACCGCAGCUUGCCCUGUUUGUGGCGUACCAAGUUGCCCGAAUAUCAGGACCGGGUUCGAAAAAAGGAAGCGAUUGCACAGCUGGAACAAAAAAUGCAACAAAUUGAUCCGGGAGCCGACUGCCGGACGGUGAUCAAUCGGAUACAGGUAUUCCAGAAAACCUACCAGAAAGAAGCUCGCAAAAUACAACAGGCCCGCGAUGCUGGUUACGAUUAUCAGCCGGCACUGUGGUACUAUCCAUAUCUGGAGUUUCUCAAGGAUUGCGACGCCGAGGGGAAACUGGUGGAAUGCACAGCCGUGAUCCACCAGGAAGAGUCUUUCCAACAACCUUCAGUGGUGGAAACCGUAUACACAGUUCCGCACGUGACGACCACAGUCGAGCUGGUAGCUCAUCAGACUAGCGAACAUCCUCAGCAGCAACUCGAAAUAGUUCAUCCGGAGUACCCGCAGCAACAACCAGUAGUAGCAGUCGAAGAGCAGACUCGCACAGAAUUUUGUUCACCGAAAAAGCGACGCCGUCAGAAACAUACUGUUUCAAAGCAGACUGAGACCGUCUACGCAGACACCCAUUCACCGGAGAGAAAACGAUCUCCAAUAAUGGUGACAUCACUGGAGGUAUCACGGAAGCCAAUGGAAGACCGGCACGAUGCUUUCGGACGAAAUGUUGCCUUCAAGUUGCGACACAUGGCCGACCAGCAACGGCUACUGGUCGAAAAGAUCAUCAACGAUGCGCUGUACGAAGCCGAAUCAGGUAAUCUCAAUCGGAACUGUUAUCUGUAUGUUAGUAAUAGUUGAAAGUGUGUUUUUUUAUUACUGUAUGUAUGUAAAAUGAUAGAAGAGUGACUGUUUUUGUAGAUGGUAACCGUUAUGAUUAAACUGUGAUUCUAUACAAGGUUC